CCCUGCCAAAUUUUUCAAACCGCGUGCUAGACCGCCGCUAUAAUCUAUUCAUAAGUCAUAACCUAUAUAUAUAGCAGCAUCUAGUAUAGGGUAUUAAUAUUGUUGUUGGGUUUUCGUAUUUAUGAUCCGCUGUAAGAGAUUCGUUGGAAGAAAUGGCGUAUACUUUGGCCCCGGAGAUGGAGAGCGGGGACUACUCAAAUGGAACGACGGGGUUGACGACCGACGGAGGUGAUGCCCGGUCGUCGCAGGGGUUUGAAUUCGAAGUGUUCCUGAAUUUCAGAGGGCCAGACACUCGCUUGAAUUUCGCCGACUGCCUCUAUCACUCCAUGGACGGAGCCGGGAUUCGCGUCUUUAGAGACGACGAAGAGAUCAGGAGAGGCGAAGCGAUCGGAGGUGAGCUGGAGCGCGCAAUCAAGAGCUGUGCAAUCUGUGUGCCCAUCUUCUCUAAGAACUAUGCGUCCAGUGCAUGGUGUCUUCGUGAACUUGCAUCCAUGGUGGAUUGCUCGAGAAAUAGAGACGGCAAAGCCAUGAUCCUACCCGUUUUCUUCGAUGUGGAUCCCCACGAUGUCAAGCUCGAAACCGGUCUAUACCACGAAGCACUGCAGAAGCACGAGCAGAAGUUCGGCUGCGAUGUGGUGCGCCGAUGGAGGGAGGCUCUGAGGGAGGUCGCUCGUAUCAGAGGAUGGGAUAUCAAAGAUAGAGGUCAAGGUGAAGUCAUUAGAUCAAUCGUUGCUGAAGUUUUGAUCAAGCUGAAUAAAAGAGGAAAAAAUCUACCCGAUCAUUUAGUCGGAAUUCAGGACCGUGUUGAAGACGUCGUGCGCCUAUUAGAUGAAGGUUCGCCCGAUGUAUGUUAUUUGGUAGUGCAUGGCAUGGGGGGCAUCGGGAAGACGACUCUUGCCAAAGCUGUCUUUAAUCGAAUAUCUAGUCGGUUUCAUGGGUGUAGCUUUCUUUCGGAUGUGCGAGAAGCUUCAAAGGGCGGUAAAGUUGUUCAAUUGCAAAAACAAUUAUUGUUAGAAAUUCUCAAGUUCAAACCAAUGGAGAUUUCUGACUGUGAUGCAGGGAUUAACCAAAUUAAAAGGAGUUUCCGCAACAAGAAAGUCCUUAUUGUUCUUGAUGAUCUAGAUAAGUGGAAUCAACUCUCAAAACUUGCAGAAAAACAUGAUUGGUUUGGUCAAGGGAGCAGAAUUAUUAUUACAACGAGGGACACCAACUUUUUGCCGAUCAUAGAGGAGAACCGAGAAAAUAAUGUCCAAACGCAUUUCAAAGAGUUUAAAAUCUAUCAAAUGGACGAAUUGCCCCAUGGCUAUGCUCUUCAGCUUUUUAGUAAGCAUGCUUUCGGAAUGGAUUCCCCUCCACAUGAAUACGAUGAUAUUUCUCGCGAUAUCAUUGGCAAAACUGGUGGACUUCCUUUGGCUCUCGAGGUUAUCGGUUCCUCUCUUUAUUGCAAAAGCAAACGACUUUGGAAAGACACGUUGAAGAAAUUAGAUUUAGUUCCCAAGCAAGAUGUCUAUGACAAAUUGAAGAUUAGUUUUGAAAUGCUAGAGGAUGCACAGAGAGAAAUUUUUCUUGAUAUUGCAUGUCACUUUAUUGGUGAAAAAAGAAUACAUCCACAUUAUAUGUGGAAAGCGUUGGACUUUUUCCCAAAGAGUGAUAUCAUUGUACUUACACGUAUGUCUUUGAUAAAGGUUGAUGAUGAUGAUCGACUCUUGAUGCAUGACCUGCUCAGAGACCUUGGAAGAGAAAUUGUUCGACAAGAAGACCUCAAAGUUCCUGGGAAGCGUAGCAGAUUAUGGUGUCCCAAGAUUGCAUUGGACGUGGUGCAAACUAGAAAGGGAACCGAGAACGUCAUAGCACUCAAACUAAUUGGACUUUGCAAGGAGCAUGACUUUACCAGUCAAGAGUUUUCAAAGCUGCCUAAUUUAAGGUUCUUGGAAUUGGAGGGGGGCAACUUGGUAGGAGACUUUAAGAACCUUCUCUCGAGUUUAAGAUGGCUUUCUUGGCGUCGUUGCCCCUCAUUCUUGCAGGCAAUCAAUUUAUGUUUAUGGAACUUAGUCGUGCUCAAGCUUUCGGACAGCGACAUUCCAGAAAACUGGAAUGGAUGGGGCUCAUGCUUGGCAAAUCCUGACUUGAAAGUAAUACAUCUCAUGAGAUGCCAUCUAUCGGCAACUCCGGACUUCUCUACGUGCUUGAAUUUGAAGAUACUUGUUUUUUAUCAACAUUGUCCAAAGUCACUACAAAUGGGUAGCUCUCUUAGUAAGCUAGAGCGCCUAAAGCGCUUUGAAAUAAUUGCAGCCCAAGUUCAGUUAUCAAAGUUGUCCACAAGCCCCCAUCUUGACCUGGUGGCAGUGCCUUCUGCAUUAUGCGGUCUAAAGUACCUAUCGAGUCUAAAGCUAGAGGGGCAGUGUAUACAAGAACUUCAUCCAUCUAUUAGAGAGAUGACAGGCUUGACAUGCUUGUCUUUAAGGCGUUGUCAUCAGCUUAAAAAGCUUCCAGACUCCAUUGGGAAAUUGAGAUCGUUGCUCGCCUUGAACUUGUCCGCCACAGGAAUCAGAGAGUUACCUGAUUCUAUUGGAGAUCUCAAGAGAUUGAAGAAAAUGAACCUGGGAUGCACUCAGAUAAGGGAGCUACCAAACUCGAUGGAAGGGCUAGAAUCAUUGCUCGAGUUGUUUUUGCACGGUACAAAGAUCACCGAAGUGCCUGCUUCUAUUAGAUAUCUUAAUAGGCUGGAGCACUUAGCUGUAACUGAGAUUAAUAUAGGAGAGCUCCUUAAGGCCAUAGGGAUGUUGGAGAAUCUUAAAGAGUUAGAGGUAUGGAAUUUAAGUAAAACUAUCAACACUACAUGAGUUGUGGACAUUGCGCCUUUUUUUUUUUUUUACUGGGAAUCACGGGAAGGUUGGUUUGAUGUACCAAACACAUAUCAUUUUUAUGUUGACAGAUGCCCAAUGCUCUGCGAGUCAGGUGACGACUACAAAACUUGCUGAGAAUGUAGGACAAGCAAUGCCGAAGUGAAUGCGGGUGAGGUUUAUUCAGUCGAUCAAACUUAAAGAUCGGAAGGAGUUGGCACAAUUAGAAGCAUCAUCAAUUUCGGCAUUGCGGAUCCAUUGAAAAGGUCUACUGAUCUACCAAAUCCUUGGGGGUGUAGGUCAAAGCUUGCGUGAGACUCUGCACCUUCUCUUUAUAGAUGUUUUACAGCAAAAUGUAUACAUAACAUCCUCUCAGAAACUUGGUUUUAUUUUCAAUAUUUUCUCUUUUUAUGGUGACAAUAUAUAUGGUCUAGCACCUAAUUCGGAUUAAUAUCUGGGCUUUAAAA